AAACGGAAGUGUGUUUCACUAAACGUUCUGUUAGCUUCACCACGCAACAUCUAAAACAAACCGUGUCACAUCAAUUCCACAAACCUCGGCGCUGCGGCAAUUUCAACCGGCAAGAUGUUUAACCGAAUGACAAGCUUAUGGAUGGGUGAUUUGGACCCCUACAUGGAUGAAAAUUUCAUCAAGCAAGCUUUCAGCACUAUGGGAGAGACUGCCUACAAUGUCAAAAUUAUUACACACAGACUUACUGGAGGGUCUGCUGGAUACUGUUUUGUGGAGCUGGCAGAUGAGGCCAGUGUAGACCGCUCCGUGCAGAGGCUUAAUGGGAAGCUGGUUCCAGGAUCAAAUCCGCCCAGGAAAUUCAAGCUGAACUUUGCAACAUAUGGGAAGAGGCCUGAGCCAGGCCCAGAAUACUCAGUUUUUGUUGGAGAUCUCACAUCGGAAGUGGAUGACUACCAGCUUCAUCAGUUCUUUUUGAAAAAAUUCCCUUCAUGCAAAGGAGGCAAAGUUGUCACUGACCCCUAUGGAAACUCCAAGGGGUACGGCUUCGUGAAGUUUAGUGAUGAGAACGAACAGAAGAAAGCCCUUGAGGAGUUCCAGAAUGCAUCAGGUCUGGGAGGAAAACCCAUCAGAAUAAGCAUCGCUGUCAACAAAGGCAACAAAACAAACAGUUACCACAACCAGAAUCAAACUUACAACAGCAGCUACCAACAGCAAUACUAUCAACAACCCUACAACAAUUACUAUCCACAGUGGGGCUAUGAUCAGUACAACAGUUAUAACUACGGCUACAACCCCUAUGCUACCCCCCCUCCAGUUCCACAAGGGAUGAUGGGGCCGCCCCCACCCAUGGGGAUACCCCCCAAUCCCGCUGACAUGCAAGCAUCCACAGAGUCACAAGAUGCCACUGAGGAAGUUGAGGAGGACCCCGCCGAAGAUCCAAACCCACAGGUGGAUGUGGAGGUGUUGAACAGGCAGUACAUGGAGCGCAGUGAGGAGCUUUAUGAUUCACUCAUGGAUUGUCACUGGCAGCCGCUCGACAGUGUCACAUCUGAAGUUCCUGUGAUGAAUGGCUACUGACUGUCUGAAACGAGCAUAUUAUGGAUUAUUCUACAAAAACUUGCCUUUUUUUAUUCCGCUCUGAGCAAGUUCUUUCUCCACUGUUCGCCUUUUAUUUGAAACUUCAACCCAGCAGACAAAAUGUUUCUUUUCAUGCGUGUCCAUCAUCUUUGUGUUUCAUAGUGAGGUAGAGAUUUUUUUGUACAGAAUGUUUUUAUUUUAUUAGGGAUGGAAAGUAUUGACCAUUGCCAUUUUAAAUCGGAAGCAUUGCCUUUUGCCUUAUUAAACUUUUUCCUUGCUGUGAAUGCUCAUGUAAGCAUGCUUUGUGGGUAUUUAUCUUAUGUGGUCCAAAUAAGGAUCUUGUCUUGAUAAAACGUUACUGAUGGUUUAUGCAGUUUGAAGCCAUUCUUCGGCGUAUUAAAUGAGACAUCCAUAUAAAAUUGAAGAACAUACUUUUGCCAAUUAUUGCUUGUACAGGAAUACACAACGUGGAGAUACUCAGAAAUUACCAUUUAAUGUUAAAUUGCAUAAUAUGGCUGCAGUUUCUUAUUUAAGCCUACACUUUAAAGACAUUUUGUGGGUAUUUUUCUAAUAAAAGUGAGAUUGUCAAGGAUUUACCUAAUAAAUUCAUGUGAAGUCUCA